AAAAUGUCCGACAAAGAAGAACAGGAUGAGCCCAAACAUGACCAAAACAAAUCACCAGUUUCUGCCAGACGGGCCAAAAAACUUCUUUAUUUGUCUGAAUUUUUAUCAAAACAGGAGUCUCGUAUUAAUUGCAAAAAGGUUUCAAAAAUAUUAAAGAAGUCUGCCCAUGAGCACACUGAAGAUGAGAAAGCCACUCUUGCCAAACAUCAAGAUAUUGUCAAAAGAAUCUCCAAAAACAAAGAGAAAAGAGAACUCAAUCAACAGAGAGUGUUAGAGACUGAGGAUGGAGAAGAUUUGUUGCAGAUCAAAUGUGAAAAGUUGGCCAAAAUUAUUCAGCAAUCCAAGAAAACUGUGAUAUAUACUGGGGCUGGCAUUAGUACAGCAGCCUCAAUACCUGAUUAUAGAGGACCACAAGGAGUAUGGACACUUCUACAAAAAGGGGAACAACUCAAACCUCAGGAUUUAAGUGAUGCAGAACCAACUCUUACACACAUGUGUAUUACACAGUUACAUAAACAAGGCCAUAUAAAACAUGUGGUGUCCCAGAACUGUGAUGGAUUACAUUUAAGAAGUGGUUUACCAAGACAGGUGUUGUCUGAAGUGCAUGGAAACAUGUUUAUUGAGAUCUGUCACAACUGCAGACCUCACAGGGAGUAUAUAAGGUUGUUUGAUGUAACUGAAAACACCGGUGUGAGACGUCACGUGACGGGACGUCACUGCCAGAAAUGUGGCGGGAAUUUGAAGGACACAAUAGUGCACUUCGGGGAGAAAGGAGGCAUGAAAUCUCCAUAUCGUUGGAAGGAAGCUGUAAGAGCUGCGAACAAAUGUGAUCUCAUUCUUUGUCUAGGUUCUAGUCUAAAGAUUCUGAAGAAGUAUGCAUGUUUAUGGUGUAUGGAUAGAGUGAAACAUAAAAGACCAAAACUUGCCAUUGUGAAUCUUCAAUGGACACCGAAAGAUGAAUCUGCCACUCUAAAAAUAAAUGGGAGAUGUGAUGAUGUGUUGGAGAGAGUAUUGAAGAUUCUAGGAUAUGAUAUUCCUGUGUAUUCAAGGAGGGAAGAUCCGAUAUUUUCGCUUGCUACAUGUUUGGAUGAGAGCGAGGCAGAAACAACAAACAAGAAAGUUCUCGAGAUGCCAGACAUCACCCCUAGACUUCGAUCUCAGGGAAUCUCCCGUACUCCAACACCGAGUGAUUCAUCGGACAGCCAGUCAUCCCUGGCAUCAUCAUCCACUGACAGCUGUGAUAUAAACGAAGAUCUGACUGUGUCGGAAACUAAUAAACACACGUCAGUCAGAAACUUUAACUUUAAAAAUUCGCAUUUUAAACUCGAUCACUGUCCAGAUGUGAAGGGAGGGGUUUUAGAUUCAAAGGAAAUGUGUUUUUCUAAGUCAGAGCGAAUAUGCAAUGAGGCAAAAAUUGCGAUGCAAGAGAGACUAGUCAAUGCCAAAAUUUAUGAGAUGUAUGGAACAUGUUCUUUCAUGCCAGGUGAAAAUUUGAUUAAUAAACCUAUUGGGUUUAAUGGUUUGGUAGAUAGGGGAUGUGUAAAGAUAGAUGGAACAGUGGAGCAACAGCCACAAGUUCAGUACGAUCCUCUAAGAGGUGGCCCAUUUGAUCCAGGACCUGUUUCCCACGAGCAGAAGCUGAAGUAUUUACAGACGCUACAGUCACAGUUGGAAGAACUGAAAACGAAACAGAGGAUUUUGAAAGAGCAAGAGCAGCAACAUUUGAAGAAACCGCGGCACCAGCAGUUAAGACAGGUUAUCCAGGGUGGAAAACAGUCAAACAUUAAACAGGUUGUCCAGGGUAGUAAACAAGAAAACAUUGAUGUAAAUCAGGUUAAUACAGAUGGUAAACAUGAAAGUAUUCAACAUCAAAAAAUUAAACAAGAAACAAAUGAACAUAAUUGUUUGAAACUGGAAAAUAGUCCGUCUAGUGCUUCAAAUGUAAAAAUUGAUGAAAGUGAUCAAAUGAAACCCUGGGACGUUUUGAAAUUCCAUCAGUAUUCUGCAAAUUUUAAAGUUAGAGGUUCACAUCCAAGAAGUUUACUGGGCAGUAACAUGAGAAAUUCUGAACAUUCACUAGAUGAAGAAAUUUCUAAAAAUCCGCAAGUUGUUGCACUAGAGAAAGAUCUUCAACAAAAUCUGUCAGAACAGAAGAAGUUGAAGACUAGGCUAUCAGCAAUGUUAGCUGAGCAACAUAAACUUGAAGAACAAGUCACUCUCCAGCAUCAAAAUGAGCAACUUCGACUUCACCAACAUUUUAUUAUUCAAGAACAGUUACGACAGAUUGCUCAAGAAAAUAAGGUGAAAAAAGAGGAAAUCUUAAAUCUGUUCCUCUUCCAACAGCAGUCUCUGUUAGCUCAGCAGAAUUUGAAGCUCCAGUGCUUAAGACAGAACUACGUAGUAGAGGUGCAGAAAGUUCAAAAUGUUCUAGACAUGGUUCAAGGUUCUCAUUCAGAAACUGCCAAAAAAUUGAAAACAUUAAAAGCUGAGCUGAGGAAAAAACAAAUGACAUCUGUGAUGAAAAAUUCUAUUGCAAUUUCUACUGCUGGUAAUUCUCUCUUUCAACAAGGAGACCCCCUUAAAAUUGAAGUGAAACAUGAAAAUGUAGUGCUGUCUCCAACAUCAAAAAGUCCAAGGAAGGACCAUAGUAUUGCAUCUAUUCUUCAAAUUGAUAAUGACUCUACCCCUAAAACAAAUAAUGUUAACAUGGAUAAUGCUGAACUUGACAAACCAAAAACCUGUGACUCGUGUAAAUUUUUAGACAAUUACGGAAUGCGUAAGAAGUGGUGUUCUAAAUGUCAUGAACUUCAAUGUGAUCACGAAUGCUGUCCCGGUGGUCAUGUUCUUGCCAAACCUCAAAACAGGGUAGAAUCUACAUUCCUGGAAAAUGCUGUUGUUCCCAGUAUCUCAAAUCUUGUUAGUCAUGAUUCAGAAACUUUGGAAAAUCCAGUUGAACAAGACUAUCCUAUUUAUAAUUAUGUUUUAGAUUUAGAAAUUCCCAAUGUUCAGGAGCCAAAAUCUGAAGACUAUGGCAAAAUUGAACAUACAGAUCACAACUACCUCAAUUCUAAAAAUGACGUGGAUCUGAAUGCGAAAACUAAUAUUAUGUUCAAUGAACAUGCCAAACAUGAAAAUCAUUUAGGACACACUGUUUCUAGCUCAGUAACUACCUCAAAUGCAACUGCUACUAUGUCUUCAUGCAAUUCUAAUUUAAUGUCCCCAAUAAUUCCAUAUGCAAGUGUUAGUGUAUCAGAGAAUGAUGUUGGUAAUAAGCUGCUUGAAACGAAAGCUGAUAUUGAAAGUGACAAUACCAUUACCAGCAGCAGUGUGUGUUUUAAUUCGUCCAGCAAGAUUCCAGAAAGAGUCACAUUUGAUUUGAAUGAUGAUAUAAAGGUGGAAAUUGUUAACAGAGAAACAGAACAGUCUGAAAAGGGUGUAGAAAAUAGACUUAAGCCUACUAGUGCAGUUAAACAUAUCAGAUCACAUUCUCAGUCAGAAAUUUAUGACCAGAAACAAAAGGUUGAUAGCUCUGAACCACGGACCUUAAGACAUAUUCGAUGUCGGUCUCAUAGUGAACUGAAUGACGGAGGUAAGGAGGCUUCAGUAGAUUCUGAAGCUGACAUUGAAGCCGAUGCUGAGGAUAGUAAUGAUGUUGAUGAUAUAGCUACAAAGAAUAAAGAAGAACAGGAGGAUAGUGAAAAAGCUAGCAAAAAAAGAAAGCUUGCAAGGUGUUAUUCUGUACCAGGCUGGUUUGGAAAAGGUCUAAAUAUAAAAAAGCGAAGGAGAUAUUGAUGUCAUUUUAUCUAAUUUCUGAUUUAUUUUGUAAGUUCGGGCAAGAAGAUAGGUUCAUAUAUAUUGGAUACACCCUAAAUAUUCCUCAAAACAAAAAUAAUCUUUGAAUUACAUAGCAAUAAAAGCACUAAUAAAAGGCCUAGAUAUCAUACCUUUCAUUGUAAAGUAACGUUAUAGGACCAACCUUUUCUCUGAGAAGAGUCUGGAAAUAUACCUCAAUAUGUUUUGGCCUUUAAACAAUUUAGCAGAAAAAGUUCAUUUUUUGGGGUCUCCUAACGUAACCUUACAUGUAUUCUUAAAGGCCAUAUCAUGAACUUUUCAUUUGCCUGUUCCACUUCUUCAAAAUCUUUUCUUAACAAUAUACAAAUAACAGAAAUUCCUACCUACGUAAUUACACUUUUUGGGGAAUGGGGAUAUUGGACUUUAGAUAGAACUGACUUUGGGCUUCAAUACAGGAUCUUGCUGUUGUAAUUAUUAUUCUCUGUCAGGCUUAUGUGUGGAAAAUGGCUUGAACGUACAAUAACAUAUUUUAUCUCACCCUUAUUUAUAAUUUCAUUUGACCUCAACUCAUAUCUGCCAGUGAUUUGUUUUCUUUUUUUAUGAAAGAAAAUGGUUGAAUUUCAUGAGAUUCAUUUUAUAUUGAAAAAAACAUUUACUACAUAAUGUUUGAUACUUUAAUUAAAUAAUACUAUGUAUUAUUUUGCUUGUGAUCAAAGCUUUUGUUUUGUUUUUUUGUUUUGAUGUAUCAUGUAAUGAUUUUACCUGCUACAUUUAUUAACUAGAUUUGCCCUGCUUCAAAUUUGGAACAGUCCAUUUGAAAGUUUAGGGAUUUCAGUAUCAAAAUACAAAAGUUGAACUAUCACCAAUAUAGAGCCUGGUCAGAUUGCAUGGAUUGUGCAGACAGUACGGGUGUCACGGUAAGAAAAAGUGCUAACCAUUUAAGUGGUGACCUAAUAUCCAUGAAUUUUGUAGUACCCAAAUAUGGAGUAACUUUUUUCCGUCAUGACCGUAUGGUGUACCGUACUCAAUCAGAUCGGAAAAAAUACAUUGUUGGGUACAACUUAAUACAAACAAAUUGUUUUAUCUUGUUAUAAAAAUUCAAGGUGAUAUUUAGAAUAAAUUUAAAACUUUUUUGUCUCUUUGUCAAUACUAAUUUCGGUUAUUGAAUUUUCUAACCAGUUUUUAGCUAAAAACCGACCGUAUCUGUUAAAACUUGACACCCAUAGCAGACUGGUCUGGCUCUACACUGGUUAUAAUGGCUUAUGGCUUGUGGUUCCAGCAGUUUUAAGGUUAAAAUGAAUGUAUAACUUUUUAACCUUGUAUGAUGGCAUACUACCAUUUCUUUGCUUAAAAUAGAUUUUUACGUUUCAUUAUAUACUGUUAAGUUUUAUGAUGAAAACAUAUUCAUUUUGCACUGAAAAAAAUGACAACAACUACGUACGAGGGUUGUUAAAAAAGUAAUAGGACUGCAGCUCUACUGUUCAAAUUUUUAAAUUUACGUACAAAAUUUUACAUGAGACAAAUGUCGGAACAUGUUCUCUAUAAACAGUGAAAAAAUCAAAACAAAAUGUAAACAAAUGUAAUUUCUGUGAAAUUUCAAAUGACAAGGGGUACGAAACGCGGCGCACGUUAACAAUACAAUAAUUGACGUUCAUGGCGUCGUAAAGUAAAUCGAAAUUGUAAUAAGCGUCAUUUUUUCUGAAAGUAGUCUCUAGGUGUAUGAGUCAAGUAACUUUUACUUUGACUCAUAUGUGGAGAUGAAGCAAGAAAAAAGCGAUCACAUUCUCGAUCCACUGAUUCAAAAAAACAAAAUAAAAUAAAUGCCCAAUAGCCGGCCAUUCUCCGGUUUUUCUCGUCUUUUUGAGUAACCAUGGAACUCAAUAGGACUGAAAAUGUUAAAGCAAAAGCAAUUUAUCUUAUCAAUUAACUCAUGUCAUUGUAUGUUUUUAGAACAAUAUCAUUAUAUACAGAACAAUAAAGAUAUUUCUCACUUGAAAAGUAUCUUGUUCUACUUAGCACAGUCAAUAUCGUUUAUUAAAACAAGUUUUCGGGAAACACUACUAAUUAUAACCGUUAACUAUUACAUUAAUUUAUUGAUUACACGUAUAUCUAGUUAAAUACAAUAAAAUAGUGUUGAUAACAAAUGUCUUAUUUACAAUCCUUUGGUUAAAACUGAAUAAGUAGUCCCGAAGCAGAUACAAACAACGAUAAACAGUUCGCGUACCGUUUACCGUGGAUUCUUUUGUAGCGCUUUUGCGAUUGACGUCUCUAACGUCCCGUCAAUUUUCAACUUUCAUCCUCGCCCUUUCUCGUUAGUGAUCUUGUAUUUGCAGUUUUUGAAUUGCUUGUGCCAGCUGAAAACAAGUGUCCUGAUGGCGAGAUUAUUUUCCUUUGUUUAUUUAAUCAUUUUGUGUGUAUCUGAAUGAUUAUAGUCAAUCUGUUGGCAAAAUUUAAUGAUCGCACACAUUUUCAGUUUGUUAACAAAUGUCAUAUUGCUACAUCUAACGCUAUGACCGCUGCUGUUCAAAACUUAAUAAAUAAGCCAUUUCAUGUCCGAAUGACGUCAAAUUUGGACAUAAUGUCACAUUAUUAUAUUUCAACGUAUUGAUUGAAUACAGGGGAAAACAAAUAGUUAUUUAUGAAUAAAUUAGAAGUAGAACUUAGCUCCAAUAACUAUAUUUAUGUGCUGCGUCGGGUGCGUGUUACCAUGGUUAUUCAAUAGCAAAGGAAAAG